AUGUGUGGGCCGAAUUACGUUUCAUUUCCCAGUAACGGAGUAAUUUGCGGAUUAACGAUAUGUCCUGACGAAUCGAUUUUUCAUUAUUAUUAUUGCUGUUACGGAUUGUUGGGCGCUUGUUGCUUUUACCUCAGGACAUGGGUCAUUUUUAUCGAUGACACGAAUGAGGCCGAUGAUAAAAAUAUUGUGAAUAGUGAUAUUGUUCGUGAAUAUGAUACCAGUGAUAAACUAACAGUUACUAAGAUAAUUCUACUGGUAUUCUUUAUUCUCGCAUUAGUACUGUGUGGUAUAGCUGCUGCUGUCGCAGCCUUUACAAGGACCUACCAACAGCGCUUACAACCUUCUAAUGCCACACUUCCUGAACGUGACGUCCACUAUUAUCCACCACGUGAACAUACAGUCUACUUCACUGAUCAUACUCGAGAUCGAAGUCUCUGA